UUAUCUAAGAAAAGCAGUUGAGAGUGAGGAGACCCAUUUUUGUUUCACGGUGCUUUAUUUUUAAAUGUUUUGGGUUCUGAUUGCAAAUCUCCCAUAUAAUGUGUAGUCUGGUCCUAAGUAAUGAAAGAUUGGCAUCUCUUGGUGGAGGCUGGGUGAGAGUCAUUGUCCCAUCUGGAUUGUGUCUAAGGAUUAUAAAACCACCACUUGUCAACUCCAAGCGCAGUAGGUGAGCUGAAUACAGCUAAGUAUCUCCAAAGCCAUGAAUGCCAUUGGUGUUGCAGCUAUGGCUGAAAACUACCAGAAAUUCAAUCCCAUGGCUUACUUGCAGAACAACUAUGCGCCACCACGUGCCAAUUUCACUAGUGAGGAGUUUGCUGUGCCCUGGAAGCUCCGACGCCUGGCAGAUGCCUUUGCCACAGGAAAAAUCACUGGCCACACUCUGAUUGAUAUUGGCACAGGCCCAACCAUCUACCAGCUCCUCAGUGCCUGUGACUACUUUGAGGAGAUUAUAGCCACCGACUUCCUGGAAGUGAACCGGAAUUUCAUUCACAACUGGGUGCACAAUGAAGACAAGGAUGGCUUUGACUGGUCCCCUUAUAUCCAGCACGUUUGUAAAAUUGAGGGCAAAGGGGAGAUGUGGAAGGAGAAAGAGAAAAAGCUGAAAAAAAAGCUGAAAAGGAUCCUUCCCAUUGACAUCCAUCAACCCGACCCACUGGGUUCUUUGCUCAGCCAACCAGCUGAUGCUUUGAUUUCUACUUUUUGCCUAGAGGCUGCGAGCCCCGACCGCCCAAGCUAUGAUAAAGCUUUUCAGAAUGUCACCAGACUCCUUAAACCUGGUGGCCAUUUUCUCAUGAUUGGAGCUUUGGAAGAGUCUUUUUACUUAGCAGGAGAAGUAAAGCUGACGGUUGUGCCCCUGAGCGAAGCAGACAUCAAGGAAUCGUUUGCAAAAAAUGGCUAUCAUAUUCAUGACUUCCAUUCCUACAGCAUGCCUCCAACCCUGAAGAUCGGAGUUGAUGAUGUACAAGGGAUCUUCUUCAUCCAUGCACAAAAGUCUGCUUGACUGCAUUUUGUCUAGAAGUUGUUUUUUUCUCUUGUCAAAGAAGCAUGAUGUUGCAUAAAAGCUCAACCUGCUCAUUCUUCCCAUUA